AUGCAGCUCCUCCUCUGGUCACUUCUGACCAGCAUAUGCAUCUGCUUGGCCGUUCCCAUCUCGGAGAGGGACCAGCAACCCAUCCGGGCCAUCGACCGGAAUAGUCCCUACACGCGGAAGCACCGAGAUCCCUAUGACCACAAGGUCGACUCGUACGGGAAUGACUGGCAGCCACUCCCCUGGAGAAAUGGGGAUGGCGCGACCAUGCUCGGCCCCCGGAACAGGGAUCGCGAGAGGCAGAACCCGGACCUGAUGCGCCCUCCGAGUACGGAUCACGGCAGCAUGCCCAACAUGCGGUGGAGCUUCGCUGAUUCCCACAUGAGAAUCGAGGAAGGAGGCUGGACUCGCCAGACGACGGUGCGAGAGCUGGGCAUUAGCAAAGAACUCGCGGGCGUCAACAUGAGACUCGACUAUGGUGUCAUCCGAGAGCUCCACUGGCACAAGGAAGCCGAAUGGGCAUAUGUGCUCGAAGGCAACGUUCGGGUCACCGGUCUCGACAGCGAGGGCGGCAGCUUCAUCGACGAUCUCCAGAAAGGCGACCUGUGGUACUUUCCAUCCGGCCACCCGCACUCCCUACAAGGGCUCAGCCCCAACGGCACCGAGUUUCUGCUGGUGUUUGACGAUGGCAACUUCAACGAAGAGUCGACCUUCUUGUUGACCGACUGGCUGGCUCACACGCCCAAAGCUGUGCUUGGGGAGAACUUCCGACUAGCCCCCGAAGUCUUCAAGACGAUCCCCAAGUCAGACAAGUACAUCUUUCAAGGAUCGUUGCCCGGGUCCAUUGACGAGGAAAGGCCAGACGGCCGCCACGUCAAGAAGUCCAAAUACCAGUUUACGCACAAGAUGCUGGAUCAAGAACCGGUCAACACGACGGGAGGGCAGGUCCGCAUCACCGACUCGACCAACUUCCCCAUUUCCAAGACCAUUGCCGCGGCUCAUCUCGACAUCCAGCCGGGAGCCUUGCGCGAGAUGCACUGGCACCCCAAUGCGGACGAGUGGUCGUUCUUCAUCAAGGGCCGCGCCCGCGUCACCGUCUUUGGCGCCGAGGGCACCGCCCGAACGUUUGACUUCGUGGCCGGAGACGUUGGGGUCAUCCCGCGCAACAUGGGCCAUUUCAUCGAAAACCUGAGCGACGACGAGCCUGUGGAGGUGCUUGAGAUCUUCCGCGCCGACAAGUUCCAGGAUUUCUCGCUGUUCCAGUGGCUGGGCGAGACGCCCCAGAGGAUGGUGACGGAUCAUAUUUUUGCCAAUGACAAGGAAGGGGCCGAGAGGUUCUUGAAGGAGAUUCAUGGUGCCGACUAUGACCCUAUCCGAGGGAAAGAUGCCUAG